UAUUAGGUAAACAACCCACAGCGGGCCAAACACUUCACAGCCGUCUCUCUUGGUCUCCGCCUCUACAAUCUCUCCUCCUCACUCACACUCUCACCAUGGGUCUCUCUGUUUCUCGUCUCCUGUCCGGCCUCUUUGGCAAAAAGGAAAUGCGUGCGAAUCCUCAUGGUAUGAUUUUUUCGAACUCUCGCUCUAGCAACCGAUGCGACUACGACCCUGUCUUCCAGGUCGGUCUCGAUGCCGCUGGUAAGACCACCAUCCUCUACAAGUUGAAGCUUGGAGAGAUCGUCACCACCAUCCCCACGAUUGGCUUCAACGUUGAGACCGUUGAAUAUAAGAACAUCUCUUUCACGGUGUGGGACGUCGGAGGUCAAGACAAGAUUCGUCCUCUGUGGAGGCAUUAUUUCCAGAACACCCAGGGCAUCAUCUUCGUUGUCGACUCUAACGAUCGGGAACGUGUGUCUGAGGCUCGGGAGGAACUGCAGCGGAUGCUCAACGAGGACGAGCUGCGCGACGCCCUCCUCCUUGUGUUUGCCAACAAGCAGGACUUGCCCAAUGCGAUGCAAGCAUCUGAAAUUACGGACAAGCUGGGUCUCCACGGUCUCAGACAGCGAACCUGGUACAUCCAGGCUGCGUGUGCCACCUCCGGUGAUGGUCUUUACGAGGGUCUCGAGUGGUUGAGCGCCAACAUCAAGCGCCGGGUAUAAAUGCUAUUCGGUAUACUUAAUAGCGCAUGUGGUUACGAUCCUUAACGAUAAACACACGGCCUUCCUCGCUAUUAGCAGUACCCAUACUCUUCCUAUCGAGCCUUUCCGCGCUUAUCCUGGUUUCUGUUUUGCCUCUUUAUGUAUAAAACCGACCCAUGGUCCUAUAAAAUGCUCGCCUAUUAGACAAUCUGGAUCCCGUUUUGAUCACCGCCCUUCUCCAGGAAACAGUCUGCCCACAGCCUCAGCCUCCUUCCGUCUCCGGUCUCCACGCUCCCGUGAUGCAGGAUCUCGCUGACUGGCACCAUAUUUGGCAAGUUUGUCCAGCAGUGAUGCCAGCCUCUUGUGCUUGACCACUGCGUACGAGGUCUGCCGCAUUGCGGGAACAAGAUAUUCCUGAACGCUGUUGUUCAGUGCAAUUGAUGUCGUCUGUCGGAUGCGUGUCAGAGUGGCCAUGCGCGAGAGCUUUUCCUUUACUGACCGAUCGGAGCUCGACGAAUGCGACACACAGAUGACCACGUCCUAUCCGGCGGAGCUCCUCUUCCAAGAAGUCGACAUCGAUGAGGAUGUUGGAUAUGGCAUUCUCAUUCAUCAUUGGGACGUUGCGCCCCGUAAGGAAGUCCUGGACGAUUAGGCUGAUAGAUCCCGGAUCCGACCAUGACUCGGACUUACCAUCAGACAGCUGGCGAUGUAAUCCACGGCGCCUUUGUAUGCUUCGUCCUUGUAUGCUUCUUUGAUGACCAAUGCGUCCACGACUGUCGUGAGCCAGUUGACGAGUUCGUACAGAUACAUGCUCGGUGCAUCCUCCCGACCGUUCGGCGUCCAGUCGUAUUCCGAAAGGCCGAAAAAGUCGUCCAGCUUCGAGGAGAUGAGCCCGGUGAUCCGAGCCAGCGCCCGAGAAAGUGUGUUCUCGAAUGAAGUGGAAGCAUUCAGGGAUAUCGGCCCGCCCCGCUGCGUGGAACUGAUGGAUGAAUGUAUGAACGCCAAUCAGAAAUGAGACUCGGACGUAUAGACUGCGAACCGGAGAUUAGUCAGCGAACGCUGUAGUUCGGCGCAGGCUACUUGGAAAUGCUCUAGAUUUGUUACAAUCUGAGCUAUCUGCGUCAGGGUAGCUGUGCUGGCCAGUCUUGUGCCAACAGUCUCGCUGAUGUGGUUGAUGAGCAGACUGUCAAGAGACUUGGGACGAAUCAGAAUUGCUGCAUGCACCGGAGUAUGGUCCGACCUUGCUCAAUAGCUCGUCGAUAUUCCUGUGAUGUUGUGACACUCCUUCAACAAAGGCAUAGAACUUCUGGAUAAAUGCGCGGAUCUGAGCAGAGAAUGAGAUUAAAUCGCUAUGCACUAUUUUGCACGGCUCACAUCUUGACAGCAAAGAUAAAAGCAGCAAUUUCUUCGGCCAGACGACAGAACAUCACACACCUUUGGACGGCAUCUUCCUCUUCCUCGCUGAUCCAGACAACUUCCAAGACGGUUUUCGCUUGGUUCUCUGUGUCGAUCUGCAUCGGUAGAUGAUCAUCUUGUUUCACGAUCUUCCAUGCGUAAGCAUUGGGCCAGGAAAACGAAAGAAGUUUGGCAUAUUUCUCGAACAGCACGAUGAUGAAAGAGUGCAGAGGAAUAGUAGAGUAGCUGGAGGACUGCAGACGAUGAGUUCACCAACGAGGGCAUUAGUGAAGUAUCAGUACCUCGAGAGUCAUGACAAAUUUGAUCAAGCAUUCUUUGACCGCCAAGAAAGAGUCAGGAUUGGUCUCUGUUCGCAAGGCAGCUUCGAUGGCAGAUGUUAGUCGAACCACCAGGCCAUCCCAAAGCUCUUCUACAUCUCGUUCAGAGCGAAAUUCGUCCGUUGUUUCGAGAACACGCGUCUCGACGAUGAAGAAACCGCAUAUCUCUUGCGUGAGGCUGUCGAGAGCGCCUAGUGGUAAUGGAGUGGGAAGGAUGAGGUCGGAUUGUGCCUCGAAAGAGAUGAGAAGACUGUUUGCAAGCGAUAAGUUACAC